AUGGUGGCAGCUGAUGUAGCCGGUGGCACCAAAGAGCUUGCCGAUGGAAAUCGAAUUCCGUUGAUCGGUCUGGGCACCGCUGAGAACAGAGAUCAGGAAGGAAUAAGUACCGCAGUUGAAGCAGCUCUGAAAGCUGGUUAUCGCCUCAUUGACACCGCUGAACACUAUCAGAAUGAGGAAGAGCUUGGAAUUGCUCUAGCGGAAAAUCUCCCAAAAUUUGGACUUAAACGAGAGGAUAUUUUUAUCACAACAAAAGUUCAAAUCAUGAAUGGAAAAGUUGCCGAUUGGGCCGAAUUCAGCAUUAAACAAUCGUUGGAUAAACUCAGAACUGACUACGUUGACAUGCUUUUGAUCCAUGCUCCAAGGGAUAGGGACACAGGUAGUGAUGAUGAUCUUGAGACCAACAAGAAAGGAAGAAAAGAACUUUGGCAGAAAAUGGAAGAAUUCAAAGAGCGUGGAAUUGUAAAAUCCAUCGGAGUGUCGAACUAUGAAGUCUAUCAUCUGAUGGAGCUAUUUGAAUAUGCAAAACAACGCCCUGUCAUGAAUCAGCUCGAAUUUACUCCAUAUAUCACAAGACCAAUACUGAAACAUUUUUGUGAGAGCAAUAAUAUUUUUGUUCAGGCGUUCUCGUCCCAACUGUGGGAUAACAAAGAAAUUCUGGUGGAAGAUCCUGUUAUGAAGCUCUCAGAGAAGUACAAGGUUUCCCCACAUAUCCUCCUCUAUGCUUUCGGUUUGAACUCUGGUGUUGGAAUUGUUCCCAGAUCGGGUAAUCCAGCCCACAUUGAAGAUAAUCUAUUUAAGGAAGGUAUAAGCACCGCAAUUGAAGCAGCUCUAAAAGCUGGAUAUCGUAUGAUUGAUACAGCCGAAUAUUACCAAAACGAGGAGGAGCUUGGGAUCGCCAUAGCGGAAAAUCUCCCAAGACUUGGACUUAAACGAGAGGAUAUCUUCAUCACAUCAAAGGUUCAGAUCAAGAAUGGGAAAGUUUCCGAUUGGGCAGAAUUCAGCGUAAGACAAUCGUUGGAUAAACUCAGAACUGACUACCUAGACAUGCUCUUGGUACAUUUUCCAAGGGAUAGAGACACUGGUAAAAAUGAUGAAUAUGAACUCAACAAGAAAGGCAGAAAAGAACUUUGGCAGAAAAUGGAAGAAUUCAAAGAGCGUGGAAUCGUAAAAUCUAUUGGAGUGUCAAAUUAUGAAGUCUAUCAUCUGAUAGAGCUUUUCGAAUACGCAAAACAUCGUCCCGUCAUGAAUCAGCUCGAAUUUACACCGUACUUUACAAGACCGACGCUGAAGCAUUUCUGCGAAAUGAAUAAUAUUUUUAUGCAGGCGUUCUCUUCUCAAUUGUGGGGAAAUAAAGAGGUGUUGGUAGAGGAUGCUGUCCAGAAACUUGCAGAGAAAUUCAAUGUCACUCCACAGGUUCUUCUUUAUGCCUUUGGUGUGAACUCUGGAUGUGGAAUCGUCCCCAGAUCGGGUAAUCCAAAGCAUAUUGAGGAUAAUAUUCGCCAGGUGCCAACAAUCAAGAUGUCUGACGAAGAACUAGAAUCUCUGAACGAACUUGAUCGAAAUGCUUCACUCUGUCCAGGAGUACCCUCAUGGAGAUGCCUGUAACCAGUUCAAAUAUUGUGGAUUUGAAGAAUUGCCACUCUUUUUGUAUAUAUAUUUGUAAGCUAUCUGUGCUUGUGUUUCUAUAUCUGUGCGCAUGUUAUUGGCUUCACCAGUCGUUGUAAUAAAAAUUUAUUCCGCUUCA